GCAUGACACUGACAGCCUUCUCUUGUCAGGAAAGCUUGAAAUCCAGCUCCAACAGCUAAAAAGACAGACGACAGACGUCGAUCGCGUCAUUCACUGGACAGGAGUUUGUCGUCUAACGUUAGUGGACAUGGAGGAAGACAAUCAAGAUGCCUUUGACAGAGCCAGGCUGCAGGUGAUCAAAGACGGCUAUGAGAAGGCCUUUGAGUGCAUUAACAGGGGCCUGACCGAGGAUGAAGCUGGCCACAAGGCCCAGGCCCUGGCCCAGUACAGACAGGGACGCCAGCACCUCCUCAGGGCCAUCAGUGUGCCCUCACAGGGGCACGAGUGUGUGGGGUGCUCCUGGGAGUCAGCCCGCCAGAUGCAGCACAAGAUGCAGGAGACUCUGAACAACAUCACCACUCGAUUGGCGGUCCUAGAGACCAGCCCAGACCCUGAGCUCCCACCACCUCUAGAUGCCUCUAAUGGAGUCCGUGGGACAGCAUCUAACUCUAACCUUUACCCCAAACUGGAGAAGGAGAAACCAGAGCGGCCAUCCCCACCCAAGCUACCAAUGACUAACUGCCAGGCUGGAGCUGUGGGAGGCAUUUUGUCUCCCUCCCUGCCUAUUUCUCCCACUAGACAGCCUGUGGUGCCUGGCGAGCUGCCCCCAGCCUACUCCUCCCAGGCGGCUGAUGGCCACCUGACUAUCUCCUACGGGACAGAAUCUGGAGAGAUGUCGCUGGUAGGAGAGGAGUUUUACAGCCACAUGUCCCCCUCUCCUCAGAGCCUGGGGGAGGAUGGAGAGGAACUCUUCUUCCUGUCUCACGGGGUACAGAUAUUCUUUGUCACACCUGACGGCCAGGUCAGCGCUCCCUCCUACCCAGGGUACCUGCGGAUGGUCAAGUUCACCAGCCAGCAGUCAGAGACAGUGCCCAACCGCCCCCCAGCCUUCCUGCAGGUGUGUGAUUGGCUGUACCCUCUGAUGGCCACUGACUCCCCCGUCCUGCUGUGUAACACAGGGGUGUUCAUGUUCCCGGACAUGAUGGCGUCCGCCCCGGGGUCCUACGUGGGCGUUGUGCUGUCCUCUGAACUGCCUGAAGAAGACAGACAACUGUUCCAGGACCUGCUGUCCCAGAUGACAGACCUCAGGGUGCAGGCUCCAAAUGAGGCAGCAGACAGCAUCAACCUGAGCCAGAAGGUGUCCAUCGCUCCCCUCAAGGAAGAAGAGGCCCCAGCAGCAGGAGAGGAGGAGGAGAAGAACCUGCCAGAGUGGAGUGAGAAGGUGGCCAGCGGCAUCCUCACAGGGGCAUCGUGGCUGAGCUGGGGCCUGGUGAAGGGGGCUGAGUUCACUGGCAUAGCCAUCCACAAGGGGGCGUCGAAACUGCGGGAGCACAUCACCCCCGAGGACAAGCCAGCCCAUGUCAGCCCCUCCGUCUCCAAGGGAUUGCAUGUAGCCAAACAGGCCACUGGGGGCGCUGUCCGCGUCAGCCAGUUCCUGGUGGACGGUGUGUGUAUGGUGGCUGGGUGUGUGGGUAAGGAGCUGGCUCCCCAUGUGAAGAAACAUGGAAGCAAGUUGGUCCCGGAGUCCAUGAAGAAAGACAAAGAUGGACGAUCCAACAUCGAUGGAGCCAUGGUGGUGGCUGCCAGCGGAGUUCAAGGCUUCGCUACCAUGUGGACUGGCUUGGAAGUAGCAGCAAAGAACAUCACCGUCUCCGUUGCCUCAGAAACCGUCAACACUGUCAAGCAUAAAUUUAGGGGUCUACAAAACAUCUUAGACCCACCUAAUGACAAGAAGACAUGUAUUCUCUCUUGAAUGAACCCUCCCUAAUAGUAACGAGCAGCAUGGCCAAGGCUUAGCCUCUGUUUCUGGAUGGUCUGAAUGUACAGCUGUUAGAUUCACCUCUACUCUCUAAACAGGCUACUCUUCUAUCCUACUGGGCUAUGCACCUGUAAUUCAUCAUGAAGCUUUCUCUGGUUUCUAACUAACCAAUUCUUUUUCCUGACUUCAUUGAAAAUAAUAUAACUAUUUCUAAUUCAUAAUCAUCGUAUGAAUUGAUGCACUUAUUGCAUUUAUGUGUGUUAUAUGUGCAAUCAUCAGCCCCACAAUAUAAUCAGUUGUAUAUUUACAGAUGACUGAAUAGUCAGACAACUUGAAUAAUUCUGUUGAAUUCAUGCUCUGCAUGGGUGGGGGCUUUAUUCCUACUUGCAUGUUGUUGCUGUCUUUGCUGUUCCCUAUAAUUGCCCUCACCCCAACCCUCCCUGUGUCACCCCCUCAGCCUUCCCCCUCUCACUAGUUGGUUGUGUGUGAUUGAUUAUAAGGUAUGGGGUGGCAGCCGGCCAGGCCACAGACCAUGCUGUGAACUCAGCCAUUAACAUGGGCGUCACCGCCUUCAACAUUGACAACCUGGGUAUCAAAGCUGCGGUGAAGAAGACUGGCAAACAGACGGCUGUGGCCAUUCUGCAGGACUACCAGCUACAGGACCCUACCACUAACCAGAAACAAGUGGAGAAACGGGACAAAUAGGCCCCAUCCAGGAAUAAGUUUUACGUCCCAAAUGGCUCCCUAUUCCCUAAAUAGUCACUACUUUGGACCAGAGCAAAAUAUAGAGAAGGGUGUGUUUUGGGACACAGUCAACCCCUAGCCCCAUGACACUUACUUCUACCCACAGAGCACUGGUGUAGAUAUGAGAGGACUGGAUAGGUGUGAGCAAAACGGCAAAACUUCUACUUGCCUAGUCUGUCAUAGGGAAAGGCUGAGGUACUACCAUAUUGAUUAAACGUGUCCGUUUUCUUUCAGAUCUACCCUAGUGCCUAGAGGGUAGAGGCUAGGUUUGUGUCCCAAAUGGCACCCUAUUCCCAAUGUAUAGUGCACAAAGGGGAUGAGGUGCUAUUUGGGAUGCACACAUGUCCUCCUCUCUUUCCUUUAGAGCCUUAAUUAACACACAAUUUGUAUUCUUCUAUAAAGAAAUAUAUCUAUGUAAAUUAUUUACAAUAAAUAUUUUAUAUUUGCGUACUAGUUGACUAAUAGCCUAUAGAUAUCUUACCAGGGUUUGAUAACAAUUGUAAGUACUUGAGUCUUCAUAAUGAAUGGUAUGACAUUAUGUCAUUAAUAUAAUAAUAACUAAGAUGAACAUUGUGUAGGUAGGCUGAUGUAUUAUUGCUAAAUUAUUUGUGUGCAAGACACUGGAAUAGAAUAAGUCACGUAUGUGAUACAAAUAUAAACUGAUAACAAACCUACUGCUGUUGACCUAUUGUAGUAAUACUGUAGUAACAGUAGUAGUAUUACUGCAGUAGAACUGUAGUAACACUGUCCACAUUUCAGUAUAUCUGGAGGCGAAGGUGUAUCUGAGGUGAGGUUGCACAAUUCCGGUAACAGGAUUUCUGGAAAACCUGGGAAUUUUGAAGAAGUUACUGGAAAUAUGCAUCCCUUAUCUGAAAGUCUGGGGGGGACCCAGCAGCAUGCUAACUAUGUGCUAUAAGAAUACAUGUUUGGGUUCAUUUAAUCAAUGAAAUAAUGUUCAUGUGUGAAACAAGAUGAAUCCAAGCAUGCACAGGAAUACUUGUAGGUUGUAUAGCUGUUGAGGGUACUGGAUAAGAUUGAACAAGGUAUACUCUUGUCAUAUGACUUUGUAAUGCAGAGGAAAGAGUCAAUCCAAACGUAGAAGCAGUGGAGUGUUGGAACUGGUUUGAGAAUGAUCCAUGGCUUGCUUAGUAUGCCUUAAUAACCAGUUACUACAUGCUCUAUGCUACUCUAACCAAGCAAGCCCACGCUACUUUCCUCUUGGUUGUACUUGUUAAAGCUGUGAUAUUAAUUUUCUAUGAAAGGAUACUUUUUUUUUCAUGUGAUGUAAAGAAGGGGAUAUAUUUUUUUAACUAUGACAUUUGGAAGAAAUGUUUAUGGCAAAAUUACAGCUAUAAAUACAUCAACUGUUUUGGCACAAUCUGUACGUAUGUGGGAAGUUUUGGAGUGUGUGUUUAAGAUUAGUGUCGCUGUACAUGUUAUGUUCUCAACAUACUGUAUUUAACUUGUAAUGCUGUCUACCAUUCAUGAUUGACCUUGGGCUGAUGUUGAUUCAAUAUGAAUUGUCUUCAGUAAUAUUUCCCCUUCAGGGGGCAGACUGUCUUUCUGGUGUGAAUUUGAAAUAUCAUGCAGGCAUUGAAUACACAUCAGCAUUUUCACAAAGUGGUUGUCAUUUUUAUUUUCAAAAUAAUGGCUCUGUGCUUCUGUGGCCCUAUGUGAUCAAAAAGUCACAUGGUCCGACGAUAAACCAAACAUCUGAUAUGUAAUAAAAAGCUAUUGAAGAAUGA